CCAUUAGAUUAUUGGAAGUCUAAUGCGGCUAGAUUUCCUGUUUUAGCUUUAAUAGCUAGGAAAUAUUUAGGAAUUCCGGCUUCCUCAGCCGCUAGCGAGAGGUUCUUUUCUCAAGGCGCUCUUAUUAUGUCUAAAUUACGAAAUAGACUUAAUAAGAGUACCUUUGAAAAGAUAUCUUGUUUAAAGAGCUGG